AUGAAAGUCGUGAAGCGAGUCUGUCUUCUGCUCAGCUGCUGGACUCUGGUUGUCCUGCAUCCCGUCCUCGGUUCCCUCAGCAGACCGACAGGAGGAGGGAGAGCCGGCAGAACACCAGCCGCAGGAAGGCAACCGGUGCUCGGGGCGUGGAAACCGUCCCCGGUGAGUCCUGCGAGGAUUACGCGGAUCCGUGCCGGUCCUCCGUUAAUAAAAGGAGAGACGACUGGUAUUAAAAGCAAAAUUACAGCUCCUGCAGCGUCGCCUCCGCGCAGUGCAGUGGUGCCGGUGAACCGCGCGGGCAUCCCGGUGCGUAAAGAGCCCGUGCGUAAAGAGCCCGUGCGUAAAGCUCCUGCGGCUCUGAGCGCACGUGCAGCGGUGAAAGGAGUCGGGACUGUAGUCGGUGCUGCUGCUGGCUCACCGGGGAAAAAGGUGGGGAAGGUUCCCGCCGCUCUCGUGCGCACCGGGGCUCCGCAGAGAGCCGUGCAGCCGCUGGUCACCCCGCACGACUACAUGCUGUCUCUGUACUGGUCCCUCUCCACCGGGGAUCUGAACAGCAGCGCGCUGCACGAGGCCGGGCUGGCCAACACCAUCACCAGCUUCGUGGACAGAGGACAAGACGAGCGAGGGCCCCAGCUGAGACGUCAGAGGUAUCACUUCAACGUCAGCUCUCUGGAUCGAGACGGGCUCCUGGGGGCCGAGCUACGCAUCCUGAGGAAGCGCCUGUCUGACCCCCGCAGGGCCUCCAUGGGAUCCCAGGCCGCUGAGGGAGGGGGUGGAGGAGCAUCGUCCCCGUGCCUGAAGCUGUACACCUGCGCAUCAGGUAAACAACCGGCCGUCCUGCUGCAGACCAAGGCCUCGGACGACCUGCUCGGUGGAGGCGCGUUCAGCAGCAAGUGGGAAGUGUUCGACGGCUGGAAAGUCUUCAAGGGCUUCAAAACCCAGCAGAACCAGCACUCCCAGCAGCUGUGCUUUGAACUGGAGGCCCUGGAGCAUCGAGGCGGUCGCCCCUUGGACCUGCGCUCGCUCGGAUUUGCCCGACCCGGAAGGACCAACAAGGAAAAGGCCUUCUUCCUGGCGUUUGGCAAAAGCAAGAAGCGAGAUCUCUUCUACAAUGAGAUCAAAGCGCGGUCGGGCCACGACAACAAAACCGUCUACGAGUACUUGGUUACGCAGCGGAGAAUGCGCCGAGCUCCCGCUUCAAGGGGGGCUAAGAAACCCGUGCAGACCCUCCCUCAGAGCCAGCUGGUGAAGCCGCAGCCGAGGCCGCGAUGCCACCGGAGACGACUCCACGUGAACUUUAAAGAGAUGGGCUGGGACGACUGGAUCAUCGCGCCGCUGGAGUACGAGGCCUUUCACUGCGACGGCGUGUGCGACUUCCCCAUCCGCUCGCACCUGGAACCCACCAACCACGCCAUCAUUCAGACCCUCAUGAACUCCAUGGACCCCGAGUCCACGCCGCCGACCUGCUGCGUCCCGACACGACUCAGCCCGAUCAGCAUACUCUACAUCGACUCGGCUAAUAACGUUGUCUACAAACAGUACGAGGACAUGGUGGUGGAGACGUGUGGCUGCAGGUAGCAAAGACUUUGGAGGAUGAUAGAUUGGUCUGAUCGUAAGUUGGACUAUAAACACUGAGAAAACACUUUUCUUAUGACCAAUUCUCUGCUAUGCAACAGACAUAACUCAGACUCAAGUGGACUAUCAGACUGCAUACCAAAGACAGCUCAGACUGAACAGUGAGAGAUGAACUCCUGGAGGUGAUGCUCUUUAACACCCAUCCAAUACAACUUGUGUACUUUUGUUGCAUCUGAGAGACGCCAAAAACAACCGUAGACACUUUUUGGAUUUGCUCUCAUAUUGGGCUCCAACUGCUUUUGUUGUUCAGAUUUAUAUCUAUGUUCUGAUUGGUGUACAAAGUCUGCGUGUAACGGAAAUGCUAUUGAAAUAUGAGUUAUACUUAGAAAUGCCCUUUCUUCCAGCACUUAUUUGCCAGUGUGCCUUUUUCCCAUUCACAUGAACAAUGAGGAGUAUUUUUAUGUGUCUUAUCCGAGACUUUUUCUACGAAGCAUGUAAAGAAUUUCUGAUGUAUAAAUACAGGCCAGUGAUGAAGUGCUAAUCUGACCUGCUCCAAAUGUGGGAAAGUUGCAUAAACUACUCUUCAAUAAAAAAUGUCUAAUUGACUGAGCUCCAAACUCCUAUCAGUUUGAACCUCUGCCCCCCCCAAAGACUCUGUAGACUAAACUAUCAAAGGAAUUCGUAAGAUUUCCAGAUGCCAAAUUAACCCGAAGAUGGCUGUGUUUGGUUUCAAGUGUGUUCGAGGUUGGGUUCACAUCAUUGGUUGAAGAAGUUAGG